AUGAAAGGUGAUGUCAUUAAUUAUUUUGUAAAUUGCCCUAACAAAAGAAGAGUCAUCUUAAGAUCUCAAAAUAAAUCAGAGAUGGUGGAUAGUGUAUUCAAACAAACAGAUACAUUCCAAUACCUGGAAAAGACUCUUGCCGAGAGAAUCAUGUUCCUUGACGGUGCUAUGGGUACCAUGGUUCAGCGUCUUCGCCUUGAGGAAUCGGAUUUUAGAGGUACUGAAUUCAAGAAUUCUAAAAAGGACUUGCGUGGAAACAACGAUUUGUUGACCUUGACCAAGCCUGAUGCGAUUUAUACUAUUCAUCGCCAGUAUCUUGAAGCCGGUGCCGAUAUGGUCGAAACUAAUACUUUCAGUUCGACCUCAAUUGCUCAGCUCGAUUAUGGACUUGAAGACUAUGCCUAUCGUCUCAAUAAAGAGGGUGCUGCUUUAGCAAAGAAGGCCUGUGAUGAUGUCUACAAGGCUACAGGUGUUCCUCGUUUUGUGUGUGGUGCGGUCGGUCCAACCAAUCGUACAGCCUCAAUCUCUCCUUCAGUAGAGAAUCCAGCAUAUCGUAACGUUACUUUUGAUGAACUCGUGGAAGCUUAUUCAGAACAGAUUCGUGGUCUUUUGGAUGGUGGAUCCGAUAUUCUUUUGGUCGAGACUAUUUUUGAUACCUUAAACGCGAAGGCAGCUAUUUUUGCUAUUGAUGUAGUAUUUGAAGAGGACAAGCGCCCAAAGGUGCCUAUCUUCAUCUCAGGAACUAUUGUCGAUCAGAGUGGUCGUACUCUGUCUGGACAAACAGGUGAAGCCUUUGUGACAUCUCUCAAGCACGCAAACCCCAUGGCAUUUGGUCUCAACUGCGCUCUUGGUGCUGAACAGAUGAAGCCUUUUGUCCAAAACAUUAGUCGUUUUACUGAUACUCAUAUUAUUUGCUACCCCAACGCUGGUCUCCCCAAUGCUAUGGGUGAGUAUGAUGAAACUCCUGCUGCAAUGGCCAAGAAUGUCGAGCCUUUUGCAAAGGAGGGAUUGGUCACGAUUGUGGGCGGAUGUUGCGGUACCACUCCUGACCACAUUAAGGCUGUUGCCGAUGUGUGCCGUAAGUACCCCCCUCGCCGUAAGCCCAGCCCAAAGAACGAUGUAAUGCUUCUCGCCGGUCUGGAAGUCUUGCGCGUGGAUGAAAUGACAGGUUUUGUCAAUGUGGGUGAAAGAUGCAAUGUUGCUGGUUCCCGCAAGUUCUGUCGUCAUAUUCUCAAAGGAGAGUAUGAAGACGCUCUGGCAAUCGCUCGCUCCCAAGUGGAAAAUGGUGCCCAAGUUGUCGAUGCAAACUUUGAUGAGGGUCUUCUUGACGGAAAGGUGGCAAUGUCAAAGUUCCUCAAUAUGGUCUCCUCAGAUCCAGACUGUGCAAGAGUACCACUCAUGGUCGAUUCUUCAAACUUUGCUGUAAUCGAGGCUGGUCUCAAGUGUGCCCAGGGUAAAUGCAUUGUCAACUCCAUUUCACUCAAGGAAGGCGAGGCCGAUUUUAUUAAAAAGGCAAAGAUUGUCAAGAGAUUUGGUGCCGCCGUUGUUGUUAUGGCUUUUGACGAAGAUGGUCAGGCUGUUGAGUGUGAGCGUAAGCUUGAGAUUUGCACCAGAUCUUACCGUAUUCUUGUCGAUAAAGUUGGUAUUAACCCCUACGACAUCAUCUUUGAUCCCAACAUUUUGACUAUUGCUACCGGAAUGGAGGAACACAACAACUAUGCAGUCGAGUUUAUCAAUGUCUGUCGCGAAAUCAAGGCCAAGUUACCCGGUGCUAAGAUUAGUGGUGGUGUAUCAAACUUGUCAUUUGCUUUUCGUGGCAUGGACAAGGUUCGUGAAGCCAUGCACUCUGUCUUUUUAUACCAUGCUAUCAAGGCUGGCAUGGAUAUGGGUAUUGUCAACGCUGGUUUCUUGACUGUGUACGACGACAUUCCCAAGGAUCUUUUGAAGCUUUGCGAAGAUGCAGUCUGGAAUCGUGAUCCAGAGGUUACAGAAAAGCUACUCGAUUAUGCAAAGGCUCACUCCAAGGAUGCCAAGAAAGACGAAGAUCUUGAAGAAUGGCGUGCCUGGCCAGUCACACAGAGAAUCUCCCAUGCUUUGGUCAAAGGUAUCAUGAAAUUCAUUAUUGAAGAUACCGAAGAAGCACGACAAGACAAGAAGGCCUACCCUCGUGCACUGAACGUCAUUGAAGGUCCUUUGAUGGCAGGAAUGGGUGUUGUUGGUGAUCUUUUUGGUAAGGGUAAGAUGUUCUUACCCCAAGUCAUCCGAUCCGCUCGUGUUAUGAAGAAAGCUGUCGCCCAUUUGGUGGAUCACAUCAAAGUUGAGAAAGAGCAGGACAUGCUUAUAACUGGUGAAACCGAGAUGAAGGGACAUGGCACCAUUAUCAUGGCCACUGUCAAGGGAGAUGUACACGACAUUGGAAAGAACAUUUGUGGUGUGGUGUUGGGCUGCAACAACUACAAUGUUGUAGAUAUGGGUGUCAUGGUGCCUUGCGACAAGAUCAUUGCCAAGGCAAUUGAAGUAAAGGCUGAUAUUAUUGGUCUCUCUGGUCUUAUCACACCUUCACUUGAAGAGAUGGUUAUUGUAGCCAAAGAAUGCCAAAAGGCCGGUAUGACGAUUCCUAUUAUGAUUGGUGGUGCCACUACCAGUAAAAUGCACACUGCUGUUAAGAUUGCUCCUCAGUACAAGUAUCCAGUCGUUUACUCUCUCGAUGCAUCUCGUUGUGUGGCAGUCGCAGCCAACUUGUUGGAUGAAGCUCGUAAAGAAGAAUUUGCUGAAGAUGUUCGUGAAGAGUAUAAUGAGCUCAGAGAAGAAUAUUUGGACGGUCUUGAAGAUAAGCGCAUGCUGUCACUCGAACAAGCCCGUGCCAAACGUCAGGUGAUUGACUGGGUGUUGAACCCUCCUCCAGCAAAGCCUACAUUCUUGGGUACAAAGGUGUACGAUGACUACCCUCUCGAAAAGCUUGUGGAUCGCAUUGAUUGGAAUCCAUUCUUCCAGGUUUUCCAGCUCAGAGGCCGAUACCCCAACCGUGGAUAUCCUAAGAUCUUUGAUGAUGAAGAGGUUGGCGCCGAAGCGAAACGCCUGUUUAACGACGCCCAGGUCAUGCUCAAUAUGAUUCUCAAGAAGAAGUUGCUCAAGGCUCGCGGAAUUAUCGGUUUCUAUCCAGCUAACUCUUCUGGUGAUGAUAUUGAGAUCUAUACAGACGAGACACGCACCAAGGUGGCAGGUGUUUUCCACGGUUUACGCCAACAAGUCGAGAAGGAAAAUGACGAACCUUACUACUGUCUUUCCGAUUUCGUUGCUCCUAAAGAAACUCAUGUGGAUGACUACUUGGGUAUGUUUGCUGUUAGCAGUGGUUUUGGAUGCGAUGAAUUGGUAGCCAAAUACGAGGCCGACCACGAUGAUUACAACAGUAUUAUGGUUAAGGCCAUUGCCGAUCGUUUGGCCGAGGCUUUUGCUGAGCUUUUGCACGAGCAGGUCCGUAAGGAGGAUUGGGGAUAUGCAAACGAGGAAAAGUUAUCUUCGGCCGAGAUGUUUGCUGUUCGUUACCAAGGUAUUCGUCCUGCUCCUGGUUACCCAUCCCAGCCCGAUCACACUGAAAAGACUACAAUGUGGGAUAUUGGAAAGAUCGGAGAAAAGACUGGUAUUAUCCUGACAGACUCUCUGGCAAUGGACCCUCCUUCAAGUGUAAGUGGUCUGUACUUUGGACACGAGAAGAGUAGUUACUUUGCAGUUGGAAAGAUUGAGAAGGACCAAAUCACGGAUUAUGCUGCCCGUAAAAAGAUGGACGUUAAAGCAGUCGAGAAAUGGUUGGGUACAAUCCUUGCCUAUGACCCUUAA